AGGCAGCUGAAAGUUGUGCCGCUUUCCCCGGACAUGAAGCUGCAGGCUGUCAUGGAGAACCUGCACAGGCAGCAGAGGGCCAAGCUGCUGAUGGAGCAGCAGCUACAGCAGCAAGCCGCCGCCCAACACACUCAGGUCGGCACAAUUGUUGGAGGAGGGGAUGAGCCGAUGGGGAGCCCGGCCCCUGAGACGGAACAGGCCCAAAUGGCUGCACUGGCGGCCAUGCGUGCCGCCGCAGCUGGGCUGCAGAGGGUGUCGGACAGCCCCAUGUCAGAUCGUAGCAGCGGUGGCGAGGACGAAGGUGACGAUGAUGACAAUGAAGACAGGGAGGAGCAUUACAAGGACAUGAUGGGUUCAGAUGAGGAGGAGCAGAUCAAACAGAAAUGGGACGAGGAAGACUUUGAAGGCGAAAUGGAAGAAGACUUUGAUGACGACCUGGCGGAGGACGGUCUGCCGACCGGCCAUGGCGCAGUGGCUCCUGGGAAGGGAAUCCUCCUGCUGCCCCACCGUCAACUCCACCCUCACUCCCAGCUGCUGAAGGCACGUCCAGGUGGCGAUCAGGAGCCCCGUGUAGCCAUCCUGCCUCCCCACGCCACGCACAGCCAUCUGGGCGGGCAGGACCAUGGAGAGUGGACCUACGAGGAGCAGUUCAGACAGCUGUAUGAACUGGAUAGAGACCCAAAGAGAAAAGAGUUUCUGGAUGACCUCUUCAGCUUCAUGCAAAAAAGAGGAACGCCAGUGAAUCGUAUUCCCAUCAUGGCCAAGCAAGUCCUGGAUCUGUACAUGCUCUACAGGCUGGUGACAGAGAAGGGCGGCCUGGUGGAGGUAAUCAACAAGAAACUGUGGAGGGAAAUCACCAAGGGACUCAACCUGCCUACCUCAAUCACCAGUGCAGCCUUCACCCUCCGCACACAGUACAUGAAGUACCUGUACCCAUAUGAAUGUGACAAGAGGGGUCUGAGCAACCCUAACGAGCUCCAGGCAGCCAUCGACAGUAAUCGGCGGGAGGGCCGACGACAGAGCUUUGGCAGCUCCCUCUUCACCUACUCGCCUAACGGGACGCCCACCAUGCUGUCCUCUCCGAAGCUCCCUUCAGCCAGUGUGGGCCUGACGAUGGGCACCAAUGGGGCCUCGCUGACCCACAUCCAGAAGAUUAAGAAAGAGGAUGGAGGCCAUCCGCUGAUGGGGCUCAGUAUGGCUCGUGUGCCAGGGGGGGCGCUGCAUUGCAACUCGUUGGCCACUGUGCAGGCAGCGGCAGCUCAAGCAGCGGUGGUGGCUCAAAUGGCAGCUCUGGAGCAGCUAAGGGACAAACUGGAAGCCGGCGAGCCACCAGAGAAGAAGAUGGCGCUGCCGGCCGAGGAACACCACCGACUGCUGCAGAGAGCUCUGCAACACAACCUGCUGGCCAUGACCGCUCAGAUACCCAUGAACAUCCGCAUCAAUAACCAAGAGAGAAGGCAGGACUCGGCCCUGAACCUGACCACCAAUGGCACAAGCAGCAUCAGUAUGUCGGUGGAGCUGAACGGAGUGGUGUACACUGGCGUUCUUUUUGCUCAGGCGGCAGCAGGGUCGGCUUUGUCCGGAGGAGUCGGAUCGUCCGUCUCCAACAAGACGGUCAGCAGUCGUGUCAGUCCACAGCAGCAGAACACACCUACCUCAACCUUCAGCAACCCGUUGUCUUAACAAACCCCCAGCCUUUUUUUUCUUCUUUUUUUUUAGUCACCACGCUAAGUAAAGCCAAAAAUCAACCUCAUUUACUACAUAAUCUAUGCCAAAAAGAGAAGAACCAUAAACUGUACAGAAAGACUCAAACUGAAACUCAGAUCACUUGAAUUACACUAUCUCAGGUUUUCUCUCAUCAACGCACCUCUUUUGUUCUUCAUAGCCAAAAUGAUUUCGGAAAAAAAAAAGAUUAUCUCAACCGAGAGCCAGUAUAUGCUAAACAAAUAUGUAUGCACAAACUGUGAAUUAUUUAUUUCUGCAUAAAUGUACAGAUUAUUGGAGAACAAAAGAGAAGGUAAUAACUAGAAAGGGUAAUGCACUGUUUACACACAAACACAGCUACUGAUUAACAGCGAUGUUUUAUCCUCUAGGGGAGAGAUUCUUUUAUUUUAUUUGACCUUUUUAUUGUCAUUAUUGUUAUUCUCUUAACUAUGUUUUAUCAUUUAAAUCUUUAACAAUCCUCUCACUGCAGGAAAAAAUAUAUAUUUAGAAUUCUAUAAAAAAAAGAAAAUAUUAAUAUCCUCUAUUUUUAAUCAGAAAAGCUUUAAAGGUAUAUGUUUUUUCGUCAGGGCAUAUAACAAUGUACCGUUGUGACCUCAUUUUAUGUAAAACCUUAUUCACAUGGGUCUCUAUUUGGAUCUCCUGUUGUGUAGCGAGAUACACAUUCUUUAGUGAAACAGAAACGUAAAACAACUGGAUCUCAAGAAUCUGCAAGAAUUUUGGUUCACUUUUUUAUACAUUUGAUCCAUUUUUGAUUGCUACCAGAGUCUGGGUAGCAGCUAAUUCCCUAGAAUGCUACGUAGCUGAUGAAUUAAAGCAGCUGUUGUGGGUCUUCCUGAUACAGCUGGCUCAUUUUAUAUCUAAAAUCCUCACCUGCUUGUUGACAUAAGGCCAGUUCAAUGUAUAUCUGUGCCAAUCUUGCAGGUAGUUUGUCAAGCUUUGUGUUCAAAAUGGCUGUUUUGUAAGAGUAAGGUCAGUUGUGCAGGCGGGAAAAUAAACUAAAGCCUUUCUUUUCCCCUCAACACGCUGGAUUUUCUGAGCCUCAGCGGGCAGAUUGUAUGUGAAUAAUACACAUUAUCCAUUGCUCUCAGGUGUCCGUCUGCUCAUCGCUUUGUAAAAUAUCUUGACAGAGCCAGAUCAAAGCUUGUCAACAUCUUUCUCUGCAGAAAGAUCCAGCUUCUUCUUUUCUUUAACUUGGCCUUCUAGUGGCGUGAUUGUCUUAAGGUCAGAUGCAUGCCUAUAUUUGUAGAUAAAGCCCGUCAGCGAUCGGAAACGAGGCAGGAAAACUGUGAUUUCCUGCCUUAAACUCACAGGAGUCGUGUAUCCACUAAAUCCUUGUCAUUGUGGAGUCACUCACAUGGACAAUCAGGUGUUAAUUCAGCUCAUAUGUGAUGUGUUUUUGUAUUAUAGAUUACAGAUGCUUUUAAUAUUGUUUCAGCUUUGUGUUUUGCAUGACUUAGUGCUUCUUCUGAUCCAAGUGCUUCUUAUCCUGUGCAGUGACAAGGACCGGGUCUCCUUGAGACUGGCUGUCAGAGAUAUACUAGAGAAUGUCUUGUGAUCCUCUGACUGUUUUUAGAUAUUGCUUAAUUGGGGCUUUUGACAAUGUGAUCUCAGAGGUAAUCGUAGCUGCAGCUGAGCCCUCGCUUGUGUCUUAGUGUUUGUACAAACUCGCUGCAGUUAGAUUUAUAAAAAGUAAUCGGCCACAGUGGAGAUACCAUAUCUUUCACGUGUAGUGUUCUGCAUUCUGAAGUAGAUCAAUCAUUCAGCUUUUUUAACUUUAACCUGUGUUACUUCUCUGGACUGUUAAAGAUCACCUCCCACCCCCCACCCCCCCUCACACACACCCCCCCUCACACACACACACACACACACACACACACACACACACACACACACAAAGCAGCCUCAUUCCUACUGAUGUUAGGAAGUAAAUCAGGCUUUGUAUGUGGGUCCUGUUCUGAGGCCUUAACACAGCAUGAGGUGACCAGAGAGCCAGCAGUACCUCCGUCUAAUCAGUUUUUACUGUUCCAGUCAAAUAUCACCAGAUGGCUGCUUUGAUUCUGGACGCGCCUCUCGUGGGAAAUCACCACCAGCUGCUUCACAAACACCGGCCAGUUUUGAAAAGUAAUCUUUUUCAGAGACCAUUACAAUCCUUAGCCUAAAUGUUGUUCUUAAGGUUUGUUAAAAUAGUUAGGAGUGAACUGUCCAGCCUUACUUGUUUUGUUACUUCCUAGAAAAGAAAAAUGGAGCUUUAGUUUGAUUUUAGAAGUUUGUCAGAGGCAGAACUGGAAGCAGUGACAGGAUCUCAUUAGUUGAUCUCAAUGAAGCAGAAAACCACAGUGACUAUAAUUACAUGCACAAAAUAUUCCUUAAAAGACAAUAUUCCUACUAAGCUGUUUACAUGGCUAAUGAAAAUGAGUAUUCCACUAAUAUUCCCCUUUAUAUGCAGCCGUCAAAAUACUUUUCACCAGUAGUGGACCUGCUGAUAUCCAAGUCUUUCAUAAUGUUUAAAAGUAGGCGUGUUUCUCCUUCCUAUCACAAAUGUGGGCUUUUAUUUUGGGCAUACGUCUCUAGUUUGUGUACAUCGUGUUUGUUUGAGGUCUUACAUGUUUACACUUCUACCACCUGUCGGCUAAGAAAACCAUUGUUAGAUAAACUAGCCAAAUGUUCCCAAUGGCUCCUCAGCUCCACCCAGCGAAGGCCCUGCAACACACACAAUCACGCACACACACUACACAGGGCUGAGGCAAAGGACACUGGGGCCGUCACACUUUAAAUGGAUAAUUGAAUCAUAAUGGGGAAUUAUUUGCGGCUCACUAACCUUCAGUGGUUAUUAACUGUUACUGCUACUGUAACUGUUAGCUUGUUCCAUUAAUCUUGAGCUUUCUCAGGCAUUUCAAUAAGUUUAUAGUUCAUCUACUCAACACCAAAUACAGAACUUUGUCAAGCGCGAUAAGGAAGUUUGUUUCAACUGUUUAAGAUAAUAAAUGCUGAACCUCAAACACUCACAAAGACAGUUAUAAAAAGGAAUAAACUGCAGUUGUAACAGUAAUUGCCUGCAGGUGGCACAAGUGUCAAAACUGCAACAGAUGUUACUUUUCUGACCUAAAGGUGGCACAGGCUGUGAUGUGGCUUUAUACAUGGACAAAGUGUGAACUUGAUCGUGGCUGAGUAGCAAACCUAGAUAACGUAGUAAGACUAGACGAAGCUUUCUUCUGCCUCUGCAUUCUCUUGCUUUCAUCAGACUAAUGCUGCUCUUUGGCUCCGACUGCCUACGUUUCCCUCAGAAGUCAUUUUAAAGAUAUAGAAGAGAUGCAGGUGCUAACAUACCUUGUUUAUUUUGGAGAAGAGCUAGUUGUUUUGCAGAUGUAAUCAACCAUUAUGCCUUUUAUAAUGUGAAUGGCAUACAUGCAGUUUGGAUGCAGUCUGAUUUCAACACUCACAACCCUGAUGGAUUAUUGUUCAGAUUCUCAGUGUAGGUUUGUUUCAGAGGACGGGAAUGUGUCAGUGAAAACAUGUAACAUGUAAAACAGACGGUGCCUUCUGGCUCCUUCUUAGCAUUUAGCAGGCAUAGUUUUAUCUGGUAUUCCUUUUUAUUCUCCGUUAUUAUUCAGAUGUAGCUAUUGUCUUAUUUAUAUUUUAUAACAAGCUCGGUUACCAAGAAGCAUCAAAAUAGAUUUUCACUUCCAGGAAAUGGGAAAAAGUGAGCAUAUUUAUUUUAGCUAAGGCUUUUUCACCAGCUAGCCUUAACUGGCUGUAGUGAAGUCACUAGGUUUAACUAUUUUGUAGUGUCUAAUAAUUUAAUAAUUUCUAUGGUAAAGUAUGAUGUCAAACUCAGACUUUUUGAGUUCUCCUCGAUUCCUCCGUGUUAGCAGCUCUAAAUUUCCCAAAUUACAAUGUAACUUGAUGUUUUUACUCCGUUAGUUUUAGUGACGCGUAGGAACCGCAGCAUGUCUCUCUCUGCGUGAGUAGCAGAUGUCACUGGUAAUGGCUGACAAUCAAAUAGAGACAUGCUGUGGCUGAAAGCAUUAGUUUGGGGGAGGGUUGCUGGAGAAAGCAAAAUUCAAUCAAUACUGAUCUAAAGGAUCAAAAUUGCUUUCUUAGAGUUGACCCUUUGACCUUUUGACCCUUGAAACAACAUUCAAGCACCUGCCCCCUUCAAUGGAUCCAUUUUUAUCGUAUAUAUCUAUCGAUCGGCUCUGAGGUAUUUGCAUUUGAACAGUGGAGGUACUGCAGCUCUCUCGCUCACUCUAUCUCUCUUUCUUACAGUACUGUAUGUGCACGGCAGCAUCUUCAGGGAAGGUUUGCGUGGUAGCGACAAUCAGGAGACAUUAAAGACAUUAACACUGUAUACCUCCAAACACUCUGACAUCCCUUAAACCACAACAAGCCCCGUUUCUACCUCAAGAACUAAUAUUUUCUCUGCUUCAGCCACAACAGACCUUUACAGGUCGCGUUCAAGCGGGAAAAUCUCAUCAAAAUGUUGUUGAUGCUGGUUCUUAAAGACUAUGAAAGAGGUUGUAAAGACCACAGACAAUCGGAUAUCACCUUUGGUUAUGCAAGGGGAACCAGAGAUGUCAGUAUAGUUGAGGGUUCAGUUCAAGCUUCAACGUCUUUACUAAGAGCGCCCCUCACUGGAAGGUUUCUGUAUCGACGCACAAUCAGUUCAGAUUUCCUAAAUGGAAACGCAAAAAGGUCUGAGCUAAGGCUGCAAAUAUUUAAUGUCAUUCACUCUGGACAUUUACUGCAAACAAAUGAUGUAUUUUUCAGUGUUUAUUUCGUCAUUUUACUUCCAGUGUUUCCAUAGUUGUUUCCUUGUUGAGGUGAUAAAGCCUCAUCAUCUGACACUUAAAGGCUCCACUGAAACCAGACUCAAACUCUGUUAGAGGUAUUCACUUACAUCAUUUGUUUUCUUACUUAAAAAAAGGAAACAAUCAAUAAUCAAACAUCCUGUCUUGCUUGUUUCUCUGUAGCUGUCGUCAGGCAGGUUACUCAAUAUUGUAAGAAACAUUGGAGCAAUGUAGCUGUAAAAACUGUAUCAGUCUUAACUCUGUAUGAAACCACAGUUUGUUCUGGGUUUCUAGCAGGUUUUUGGUUCAGGCCGGUAUUCUUUUCUGAAUGCUACCAGCUUCUUUUUCUGUGUCUGUGUUUCUGUAGCCGCUUUGUUUUCAUCAUUAUAUUAGACGAUGCUCGCACCAGACUCGCACGUCUGUAGUUCUUGUUUUGUUUUUUUGUCAAAGUUACAUUAUUGCUGUGUUGUAAUGCAGUUUAAAAGCUUGGGUUGAUUUCAAAAGUCUGCUUGUUUGGUGCAUUCAUGUGCUGUUGUACAGAUUGGAAAACAAUGACUCAGCCGGAUUAAUUUUCUCAUUCUUAAUGCAUUUUGUUUGUCUAGGAGUUUGAUUUCCCGACAAUCCAGGAGGGUAGUACAUGUAGUGAUUUUCAGGGGCUGACUCCCAAUCAGCGCAAACCCUCGGAGACUCUUGUGGUUGGCUUGCUCGCUCUAUGUCAUAACUUUCAAGUGUUUUACCUUGAAAUAUUGCUGCUUUUACUCCCACCAGAGCUAAAGAACUUCUUGAAACCUUACUAGAUCCAGAGUGUCUUGCAUGGAAAAUGGACUCUGGCUCCUGUACCCACAUGGAAAUUCUGCUGGAACAUUUACGGGUUAUGGUGCAUGUGGGGUUUAGGGGCUUUUGACUGAAUGUCACCACUGACUUUACCUACAUCAGGACAAGGAAAAUGAGAAAUAACAACAUGCCUUCUGCUGUGACAAUUGUUGUAUGAAUUACCUGUAUUACUAAGAUUCAAUAAAUAGAAUAUUUCCAAAAUAUUGCUUUUUAGGGCUAUGAAUUAUAUCAUGUUCCUAAUGUUUGUUUUUUUGCUCUUUCUUUGCUUUUGCUUUUUUUUGGAUAUGCUAUAGCAACCCCGACACAUUACAUUUAGAGCAGAUUUAUUAAUAUAGCGAUAAUGAUGAUGAUGAUGAUGAUGAUUAAUUAUGGGAUUAUUUUAGGGAAGCAUGGGAUGUGCGUGUGGGCUUCACGUGUCUUCAAGUUAACUGAAACAAGGAUCUUGUCUCUUACAACUUCUCAGGAAAAUCUACCUCUACCUCCAGUUUGAUGCAUUUAACACAGUUCAAGUUACAGUUUAGUGGGUUAAGAGGUUGUGAGAGUGGCACCAGGGUCUGAAAUGAACUCCAACAUACCAGUAUAAUACCUAACAUUAGUUAUAAUCUCAUGACACACUUGAGAUUGUAUUUAAAACAAGUGUUGUGGUAUAUGUAUGUCAUUAUCCUGGCUGUAAACACAUUUUAAAACUUUUUUUUUUUUUUUUUUUAUCACCCUGGUGGGUGACUGAAAGGUUUAUUUUGGACUCUGGGAAGUCUUUCUCCGUCUCUCUGUUUCUCUCCGUGUUACAGGUUCGUAACACUUCUGCUGUUUAGUUUAUUUGAGCAUCAACAACAGGAAACCUCCAGCUCAACAGCUAACUAACAACUCAGUACUGCGAGUCGUUUUUCAGUCUGUUCUAUUAAUGUGUGCUUAUUCCUCCUUUUUCUAUAAAUGAUUACUUUUUUUUUUUUUUUUAAUGGGAUGUUUCCCGGUAACCACGGUAACAGUGAAGUGGCGGGCAAUGCAACAGUUUUUUGUUGUUUUUGAAGGGUGAAGAGCUAUUCUUGCCUAUUUACUCAAUAUGUGUUUGUGUGAAUACUUUUAUUUUGAAUCUGAAAUUAAUAAAAUAUCACCUUUUCUUAAAUGUCA